CUGAUGCCCACACCAGAGAGCGCUUUGCCCUACAGUAACCUCCUCCAUCUCUGCGCAUCAGAUAUGCAACAUCCUGCUUUAGCAUGUCUCAUUUCUGCUAUGCUCAAACAACUUACUUUCCGCACGCAUGGCACAGAUCAACGAGCACAGGUCAAUCGCAGUGAUAAAAUGAAGACACAGCUGUGUUUUGUCAUGUUGUGGAGGACCGACAGUGUUGCUGAGUGAGCAGAGGCUCCCGGUAGUGGACAGAUUUUUCAGCCCAUAUGAGGCGUUCAAGCGCCGAGACCAAGUAGCUGACAAUUACAGCAUCUUCGGAACUAACUACACCAACUGGGCUAACAUGGUGAAUGUUUGACAAGAGGUGGCCAUGGAUGCCUUCAGCCAGCUGAUCUUACUCAUUGCCACAGUCAGCUUUUGCACUUUCCAGUGGCUCUUCCACAGCUUGAGUCCCUGGUUGUCAUGCAGGAUCAGCCCAGGCUUCCUGAAACUCAGCCACAAGCAGCAAAUUGAGUGGAACUCGAGGACAGUGUCCACAUUCCAUGCGAUAGUGGUUGGGCUCUUUUGCCUCUACAUCCUUUUUUUUGAUGAAGCCACCAAUAAGGACCCUGUGUGGGGAGACCCAACAUUGGUGAAGAUAAACGUGGGAAUAACAACAGGCUACCUCAUAUCUGAUCUGCUGCUCAUAUUUUACUAUUGGAGGGCGAUAGGGGACAAGUUUUUUGUAGUUCACCACCUGGCCGCAUUGUAUGCUUACUACUUUGUACUGGGUCAAGGAAUGUUGCCUUAUUUUGCUAACUUCCGUCUGCUUGCAGAGUUUUCCACUCCAUGUGUGAACCAGCGCUGGUUCUUUGAAGUGUUAGGUUACCCUAAAUCCUCCAGACUCAACAUUUCCAACGGUGUGCUGAUGGCAGCUGUGUUUUUCAUGGUUCGCAUCGCAGUCAUGCCUGUUUACUACAGUCGUAUGUACUCUGUAUAUGGCACGGAGGCCUUCUAUCGCGUGUCGUUUGGUGGCCGCAGUGCCUGGAUCUUUUCCAGCAUCUGUUUGGACAUCAUGAACGUCAUGUGGAUGCAUAAGAUUGCUUGCGGCUGCUAUAAGGUUCUGCGCUCCAGACAGCAUAUGAAGUCCAAGGUCCAAGAGAAUGGAAAAAUUAACUAAGCAUGAAGAAAGUUCCUUCUACUCAUUGGGGAAAAUUAAAGAAGACCCUUAGUGCACUCUCUUGUUUUAGAAGUGGCAGAUUGUGAGUCAGCCAGCAGCGGCUGCAGAGUUCGACUGACGUACUUGCUUUUGAAGCUGGUCAUGUGGAGAAACCACACCAGAGCAAUACAGUAGAUGAGUAAAUGUUUUCAGUGAUGCUUGUGUCGGAUUAAGAUGGCUGCUGACGUCUCUCUUCCCACCUGCUUCAGUGGUUUAGGCCCAACGUGCAACAAACAAAUGUUCAGCUAAAAAGGGCACUUGAAUUUUCUAUUUUCAUUUUGUUUUGAGCUGUUUAGAUUUUUAUUGCCUAAAAGUGAGGCUUAUAUUUUAAACUUUACACUUUACACCUCUAAGGACAAAAUGUGCCACAUCCUUCUGAUUUACUCACCAGGACACUGCCAUCUAUAAACUCAAACAGCCACCAUGUUUACUCUGAAGUUACACUUCACACACAAACUGUGAAGGAUCUCACACUCUCCCCUUCACUACAUUAAACCAGGACUCACUUCCCAUCAAAGACCACAUCCGAACAAGACGACAUCUUUACGCCAAGGAUGACGGGAAAGUUUAACUGUGAAUGUGCACAGACUUUUUUACAUUUACAUAAAGAUUUUGCACUUUCUUUGUGUGAUAGGGGAUGCAUACUUCUGUCUUUCCUUUUUGGAAAUCAAUCAUUGUGCUGGACUCAAUUUCUUCACCUAGAUUUGGUUUGGAGAUGAUGAACAUAAUUGAAUAGUUUCUCACCUUGUUCUGCCAUUACUGCAAUGGAGUUUUGAUUUUUAAAGCAAGAUAUGGAAAUGAUUUUCACACACACACACACACACACACACACACACACACACACACACACACACACACACACACACACACACACACACACACACACACACACACACACUUGAAAUUCUCUAAACCAUAGCUUGGUUUGAACAGGGGAUAAUGUAAGUGCAUGCUGCAGUGUGGAUCUCUGGAUGUUUUUGCAUCAUUGAUGAUAGGAAUAUUAACGGACAUGCACAAGUACUCAUUUUAGUUUCAUGUACAGUGACAAUAGAAUAUAAACAGUUUAAUAUUUUGUCAAAGGCUUUGGUCAUGAACAUGACCCUGUGGCUGAUGUUUCUUAUCUACACUCACUAAAGCAAAGGAUGUUUAACAGAUAUUUUUUCUGCAUCAUGCCUUAUUUAUUUGAACCUAAACUGAAUCAGCAUGUACAUGUAUAUUUAUUCUUUUAAAAGGAAUUGUAUUAUGUAUGAAGAAAAGGUGUUUGUGAUGUAUCUUGAUAGAUAUAUACUGAAUAACAAUGGCAACACAAACAUAUUUAAAUCAGCUUGAGAUGCAUCAUGUUACUUUGUACGAAAUUUUAGUGUAGAAUAUUCACCCACAAUGAGAAUAUUACUGAAUGCCACACAAUAUUUUAUAUUAUGAAAUUGACAAGUAUUUAUGUAGGUAUGUGUGUAAGAUGACAUGAGAUAUAGGGGAAUUAUUUGCUCUUUUAAAUUUACAGAUGUUCUAUUUUCUAUCGAAUAAAUGACUUGAAUCUUUGCUCUACCUUAUGGGGAAUAGUAGUCAGUACAGAUUCAUUUCUUUUCUGUACUUACAAGAUGAGGCCAGUCAUAAUUUUUGCAUUUACUUCUUUACUUUCAUUUACUACUUCUUUUAGCUUUCUUUUUAUUUUAAAGAUUUAUUUUCUUAAAGGUUAUUUUCAAUACCUUCUAAUGCCAUUACAUGUUUUGCUUUGGACUGAGCUUGCAUGUCUUUCCUUUACUUUUUGUUCUUGCCUUGGGUCUAAUGAAUGAAAGAUGAAUGGAAAGUUUGCAAUUUUCUUUUUUUUUUAAUUUAUACUGUUUAGUGUGGAUUCAGGUACACCAGCAUAUGUCUUAAAUAUGGUUUUAAAACUUUGCCCAGUUACCAUGAUUCAAAUUCCUACUAGCCUGUACUUUGUUCUGAAUAAAAUAAAAUGCAAAAUGUUUUACUAGA